AAGGCUCAACAGCAUAGAAAGAAAGUUACCCAAAAUUACUUCGUUCUCCUACAAGUCUACAACUCUUUCUUCUUCUUUACCUGAAUUCUUUCCCACCACCAAGAGCGAGCUCGCUUUCUUCUUCCAUGGAAAAUGCAGCAGCAGCUGAUCAACCACCCGCUUGGGCACGCUGCAACGAGUGCGGCAGCAAUUCCAAGACUUUCACCAGUCUCGCCCAAAAGAAGGAACAUUGGAAAUCAUCUCACAAGAGCCAGUGCCCGUACAAAUGUAAAACCUGCGUGGAUUGCUUUCCCCGAGAGCAGGACCUGGCCAUUCACAUGGUCCAGGUUCACAACGGGUGAGCCGCCGUCCGCCGCCGCCGCCAUGAAGGCGGAGUUCUCGUGGAACGCAGAACUCCGGCCUGAUCUUGUUUCAUGGAGGUACGGCAAAAUCAAGAUCACCGCUGAAGGGCUUGGGGGUUAUGGAUUGAAUCACGGGCAACUGGAGCAUUGCUUUCCAUAUGCCACUGAAUGCAAAGAUUCUCCAUCAGCAGGUCGUGGGGUAGCUGUGACCAAGUUGGAAGUUACACCUCAGUUGGACUACCAUCAGUUUGAUCUGCCUCGAAACUUUGACCAAAGCUUCCAUAUUGGCUUCAAUGGUAUGAAUCUAUGUGGUGAAGAGAAUCUUGCUAGUAGCUAUCUUCUAGUUCUAGGUAUAUGCCCUCCACCUUCAGCCUUCUUAGGCCCAAAGUGUGCACUCUGGGAUUGUGCUCGACCAGCACAGGGAGGGUUGGACUUUUGGCAGGUCUACUGCAGUAGGUUUCAUCAUGACCUAGCCCUGGAUAAAGGCCUCCCAGGAAUUGGCCCUGUUCUUAGGCCAGGAGGCAUCGGCCUGAAAGAUGGGCUUCUCUUUGCUGCUCUUCGUGCAAAGGCUGAGGGAAGUGAUGUCGGUGUCCUCGAAGGAGCAGCAACUACAAAGUCUCCUUGGAAUGCUCCUGACCUCUUUGAUCUUUCGGUCCUUGAUGGCGAGACAAUCAGGGAAUGGCUCUUCUUUGACAAGCCACGUCGAGCAUUCGAGAGCGGCAACAGUAAGCAAAGGUCGAUUCCUGAUUACAGUGGGCGUGGAUGGCAUGAGUCGAGGAAGCGAUUCAUGAACGAAUUUGGAGGACUGAAAAGAUCAUAUUACAUGGACCCACAACCACUGAACAACUUCGAGUGGCAUCUGUACGAGUACGAGAUCAACAACCGUGAUGUCUGUGCCUUGUAUAGAUUGGAACUAAUGGGCCCUGUUCUUAGGCCAGGAGGCAUUGGCUUGAAAGAUGGCCUUCUCUUUGCUGCUGUGGGUGCGAAGGCUGAGGAAAAAUUUAACGGUGUCCCAGAAUGGAGGGAGCUGCAACCACAAAGUCUCCUUGGAAUGCUCCUGAGUUUAUGUUGCUGUCCACAGAGAGCUUCACUGACAACAGGUCUUGCAUGCAUCUAGAGUUUGACAUUUCCGGCUCUCCUAUUCAGGAUGCCAGAUUGAUUAGGAGGGACGUUGCAGAUGGUGAGACGGUCUGCUGCAAUGUUGUAUUCUUUACUAGUUGAGCAACCCGGCCGGGGAACUUGAUCCUGUGAUCUGAUAUUGAAUUCUUUACUAGUUCCGAACAUGUUGAUGAUUGCUGUAAAUGAAACCUGCUGAUGAUGUAUAGGAGUCAUGAUGGUGUUUUUCUGCAAAAUCUUUACUGUCUCAUUUCCUGUAGCUGUGUUGAUUAUCUUUGUUUUUAGUUAUCCAAUCUCGAUCCUUUGGCUGUAGAAACUUCACAGCAGACUGGGCUUGAUAGUUUGAGAUAGACGGGCUGAACUGUGGGCCUCACUGGGCUUUAAAUUUGAUAGAUGAAUUGUUAAUUGUUUGAAGUUCAGUUUAAAAGAAAAAGAAAAAAUACUUAGCAAGAAAGAAAGCAUCCAUCAAUCUAAUACUGACAUUCUGCUCUUUUUACAAGUCAAUUUUCCAACCACCUGUUUCAUAAUGCGCAUCCAAAAUCAUUCAUAUCUUAUCUCAGGGAAUGAAGGCAUCAAUUAUUCCAGCCACGGUUUAUGAUUUGCAGGGGAGAACCAAAACUACCACAUUGAUGCGUCUCAUUGUAUGACUCUCUGCAGAGAAUCUCAAAGAAUAAAAAGGAAGAAGCUUUCUUUGCACUGUAUUAAGCUGGUUUGGUUGUUUUCUCCUGUUCGUUACUCGAGUGUUUCAAGUGAAAAAUGCCGCUGAGUCCUCUACUUCUGGCAAGUUGCUCGAUUUCAUCCAUCUUUCGUUUCAGGGACUCCACUUCUUUUGCCAAGUCUUCAUCUCUCUGUCUCAUUGC